AUGCCGAUCAAAAGAUUAGAUACAGUCGUGGUAAAUACAGGCUCUCAGAACGACCAACACUCCGCUUCCGUGCCACCGGUAUACUUGUCGACCACUUUCAAAGUGGACUUGAAUAAUGAAGCUGCACAGAAUUACGAUUAUUCCAGGUCGGGCAACCCGACCAGAAGUGUCCUUCAACACCAGAUUGGUAAGCUUUAUCGUGUCCCACAGGAGAACGUUUUGGCUGUAAGCAGCGGUAUGACCGCGCUGGAUGUCAUCCUGCGUGGACUAGUCUUACUCAACGGUACCAACAACCACACUCCAACAAUAAUAGCUGGCGAUGAUCUUUAUGGAGGUACCCAAAGGCUACUGAAUUUUUUCAAGCAGCAGAGUCACGCAGUCUCUGUUCACGUGGACACUUCCAAUUUUGAAAACUUCAAAACCGUCUUCCAGUCUUUAGACAAAGUUGAUUGUGUUCUUCUAGAGUCUCCAACAAAUCCGCUUUGCAAGGUCGUAGAUAUCCCCAGAAUAUUGCGUUUUGUGAAAUGCAUAUCUCCUGACACCAUAGUCGUCGUUGAUAAUACUAUGAUGAGUGGACUCAAUUGUAAUCCUUUACAACUGAAUCCAGGCUGCGACGUCGUAUAUGAAUCUGCCACCAAGUACUUGAAUGGCCAUCACGACUUGAUGGGUGGUGUUAUUAUCAGCAAUACGCCAGAAAUUGCCUCUAAACUUUACUUCGUCAUUAAUUCUAUAGGGGCCGGAUUAUCUCCAAUGGAUUCUUGGCUGCUUGUGAGGGGCCUAAAAACUCUAGGAGUUAGAUUAUAUCAACAACAGAGAAAUGCUAUGAUAUUGGCCCAUUGGCUGGAAGAUUCAUGUGGAUUCAAACCUACCAGAACCAACAAAGUUACAAAAACUAGAUUCGUGGGAUUACGCUCCAACCCAGAUUUUAAACUGCACCAAUCGUUCAACAAUGGCCCAGGUGCCGUAUUAUCCUUCGAAACAGGGUCAUUCGAACAUUCAAAGAGACUGGUCAGUUCCAAAAAACUGAGUAUAUGGGCUGUGACAGUGUCUUUUGGAUGUGUAAAUUCGCUUCUAUCCAUGCCUUGCAAGAUGUCUCAUGCUUCCAUCGAUCCUGAACUAAGGAAAGAGAGAGAUUUCCCCGAAGAUUUGGUUCGUCUUUGCUGCGGUAUCGAAAAUAUAGUGGAUUUAAAAAAAGAUUUAUUAGCGGCAAUGGUUGACGCUGAUAUUAUAGAAUUAAGAGAAAAUGGUAAAUACCUUUUCAACAAAUUGAAUAAAAACUUAGCUGUGAACACUACCAUCGAUGACCUGCAUAAACCUUUAAGUAUUUACGAAGAAUUUUACAAUCAAGAUCUAAUUAGAAAGGAUUCAGAACUGAACAUCAAGAGUUCCAAACUAUAA